GGCGUUAAAACGUGGGCGCCGUUAACCCAACAGUAACAACACCUCGCGAGAAAGAAGUGAAAUGAAAUGACCAAAAAAUAUGAUUUGAGCAAUGUGGGGUUUUUGGCGGUUAGGGUUUAAUUGAGAGAGAAACGAUUAUUCAUUUUCAUUUUCACUUUCUUCUCUUCUUACGUUAUUUUUGGAGCACCAACUCGCACUGUGUUGUCGGCGUCACUCACACUUUCUCUUUCUUCUUCGCGCUUCUUGCUGACUUUGGAGUACAGACAAAGCACUUGCAGUAGUUUAACUUAGAGCUGCAGGGAUGGAUAGGUGGGGUGUUCAUCGUCAACAGACAUUCAUUGGUUGGCGUGCAAGUUCUUUUCCUUCUGUUACUAGGAAGGAAGAGGACUCGGACAACGACAGAGAAGAAGUAAAUGUUAAGGAUGAACCAAUAUAUUUUCCAGAUAGUAAGAAAAGGAAGCGCCUCAGCCUUAGUCAGCUUAGAGAGGUGAAAGUAGAGUCUUGUGAGAAGCUUAGAGAGGUGAAAGAGGAGCCUUAUGGUCAGCUUAUUGAGGUGAAAGAGGAGUAUGCUGGGAAUCAAAGCAGUAGCAAGAAUAAGAGAAAGAAGCAUGAUAGUAAGGACAGAUGGUCAAGCGAGAGGUACAAGUUGGCUGAGCAAAGCAUGUGGGAGGUGUUGAAGGCUGAGGGGGCGACUUUUGAACACCCAAUAACCCGACCUGUACUAAGAUCAGCUGCCCGUAAAUUCAUCGGUGAUACUGGACUUUUAGACCACUUACUGAAGCACAUUGACCGUAAAGUGGCACCUGGGGGGACCGAUCGGUUCCGAAGAUGGUUCAACCCCGACGGAAUUAUGGAGUAUUGGUUGGAGAGGGCUGACUUGGUUGACGUCCGCGAGGAGGCUGGGGUUGAUGACCCCUAUUGGAUACCACCAUCCACUGUUAGGGCCAUCCAUGCCCCUUGUCAGGAUGCUGAUUCUUCUGCUGAAUUGAAACUGCUUAAAAUAGAAAUGGCCCAAAUGAAGAAAGAUAUGCAGGAGCUCAUUGCCCAGAAGGAAAAGAAAACUGAAAGUAACAUGAUGGAGAAGACUUGCAAGGAACUUAUGAAGUGGAAAGCUAAAACUGACUACCGCCUAACUGAAAUCAUGGAUUCUUUGAAGAAUUUGCAGGGCAAGUAUGGCGAGUUCGUGAUAUGGAAAACUGAAGUGGAGCAAAACCUUAUGGAUAUAACAAAUAAAUUGAAUGCUCUUCAAGCACCAAGAGAUUGCACAACUUUUAGUCCUUCAGAAAAAUGGAAAGAUUGGUUAGAAAACACUAACCCGGACAAUAUUCAGGAUGACGGAUUGGCAACUUGGAUAGGGAGUUCAGAACUAUUUAAUGUUCCACAAGAGUGUUUUCUUGAAGAUCCCUACUCAGGCAUGCCAGUUCAGCCACUCAAUGAAGAGCUGACUAACAAGAAGAGUCAUGUUGAGGAGCUGAUACCCACAAUGCAAGAGGAUCAACCUAAUGUCACCCCAGAUUCUUCUACAACUGUUAAUUCAAAGGCAGACGUUGACAACUCGUUGAUAAUGUUUCAGGAGAUGUUUAUGGAUUUAUUCAAAUGGAAAGAAAAGAUGGAGCAGCAGCUGUUGGAUGUAUCAAACACUGUAUAUGGCAUGCUAGCAAUGAAGUAGACAUCUCUGAGGUAUCAGGCCUAGGAUAGGAUUAUAACCACCUUUUCUUCACAAGUUUUCUUCUUUACUCUUAAAACUGGUAGAGUUUAGAUAACGUACAGCAUUAACAAUCUGAUACUGAAAAUCUUUGCCAACCACUAAGUUCAUGGAAGAGGUUGAACCUUACCUGCUUGUUGAGCUGCAAAUUGUUGAUAUGUUUGACUGCCUUUUACAGUAUAGUUUGAUCUAAUUUGAGGCAGGUCUUCAACAGGAAUGAAAUUGGUUGUAUUAUUGUCUUGUUGGUUAGGAUUACCAGUUCUUUUUAGUACAGGUCUUUAGGUAGGCUUUGCUGGUAUUUUACAUGUUAGCUAGAACCAUUCAAUGAGAACUUGUACUUAACUAUUUAUAUAUAGAAUUUCUACAAUAUCACAUAUCAUCUUGUAGAUGUCCUAUAGAUGUGAAUUACAAAAUGUAGUCCGACUCAGUUGUUCUUAUGCCCUCACUACUCUUGCCUUUUAGUUUAAUGGUGGCGGGUGGGGUUAUGAGUUGCAUAUGGUGCUUGUUACAUCUAUUAUGCGCUUCAACUUUUGUUCC